ACGGAAAGCCAGGUUUCCAACCCAUGGCUAGGCGGAAGAAAAAGGUUGGGCUGUAAAGCCAAUAGGUUUUGCUGGAUUUUUUAGGGACUUCACGGAUGGUCGAAGGCACAAACCAUCUGGCAACGCCGAGCAGGAAAACAGGAAAUCAGGAUUCCCUUCCCACGCAAAUAAAAGAACAAAGGAUGAGCAAGAUCCCGGGCAGCAAUCUGGAGUUCGUCCGCGAGGAGGACUUCGUAGAGUACUACGUGUUCCCCAAGAUACCGGACAACGUUCAAGAUGAGGCCGCUCUGCGCAAACUGAUGGUUCAAAUUCGCAGCGAAAUCUCGGCCAUCGUGAAAGAAAAAUCCAUGGAGCGCAGCUAUCUGUGGCACAAGGACGAGUUCCAGCUGCAAAUCCGAAUGGGCGGGGCCGAAGAGCGCUUGCUGAACGAGGAGACAAACCCGGAGGAGGAGGCGGAUUUGGGUGACCUCCCACCCCAUUUCCACGGCGUAACCCACUACGGCGACAACAUCAGCGAUGAGUGGUUCGUCGUCUAUCUGCUUUCGGAGAUCACACGUGCUCGCGGAGAUUUCAUAGCGCGGGUCAGCGAUUCGGAUGGGGAGUUCCUGCUCAUCGAGGCAGCUGAUGCCCUGCCCGACUGGGCUACUCCGGAGACCUGCGAGCGGCGGGUGUACCUCGUCAAUGGCUGCCUGCAGCUCCUCCAGAACUCCGCCGCCAGCAGCCAAGACAAACCGAUUACCAUGGCUACGGCCGUACAACGUAUACGAAUGAAUCCCACCCUGUAUCGCUGCUCGCCGCAGAUCCAGUCCUGCAUUGAUGUGCGGCUUAAGGAGUACCAGAUCGCCCAGCCGCACUUCUCCAUCCACCGCCAGGUUCUGGAAAUCCCGCGCAGUGCUGCUCAGCUGCUGAAACACCGGCCACGACUUCUCUCCUCGGCAGUGCGAGCUUUCUGCGAACGGGAUUCGCUGGAUGUGAAGGCCCUCCGCACCAUGCGCUAUUUCCCACCCGAAUCCGUGCGCGUGCGUACUAACGUGAGGUUCACCCGUUGUCUGUACGCCAUGCUAACCCACCAGUCGUAUCUCCCCGACCGGCGACUUGGGUGGAAUCUCACAGAUCCCUUAAACGAACCAGAGCGAUUCAAAGAACAACUGCUGGGCGUCAAACUGGCCAGUGGUCUAGAAAUCCUGGCCACGCAGGCCAAACGGCUGGAAAGCCAGAAAUUGGAGGAGACGUCCGCCUGGCGCUCGUAUCAGCGCAGCCUACAAAGCAAGGGUUAUUUCCGGGAUAACGUCGAGGGCAGUGCCGAGUACAAUGAGCUGCUCAACAAGGCCAAGGACUACUUCCGCGGCAACCAGGAGCGCUUUCGCACAGCUUCGCGUGCAGGCGCCGAAAUCCUGGACCUGUUGCUCCAUCCCGCGGAGGCCGCUUUGCAGGAGCUGCGUGACGAGCAGAACAAUCUACAGCCCAGCGACUCGGACGAAUGGCUGAACAUCAGCGCCGAGGAUCUGGACUCCAUGCUGCAGGAUCGCUACGGACCCAAAAAGCUCUACAAACCGAACGGACAGGUAAAUGCCGAGGAAUUCACAAAGCAGCUGUCCGAGUUUCUCGACCGACAGUCCAACUACGAGGGCAUUGAGCAUCGCGACCACGGGGAGCCGGAGCUGGACUCCGACGACGAUGAGCCGCCACCGCAGGCCAAGACCUCCUCGGGAUUGGGGGCCAAGGUUAAGAAGAAUGCCUCCAUGCGGAAGGCCUGCCAGCGUAACUCGCUUAUCCAGCAGGAGGAACCGGACAGCACCCAUGUGCGGAACUUCCUGGACUUCGUCAUACCCGAGGACAACUGGGACUCCACCUCCGAGAUGAGCGACUAUGCGGACGAGGACGACCUGGAGGGCAAUCUGAACGCCCUCUCCGGCGGAGGCAGUGUUUUUCCACUGGACCGGCAGAUUCAGUCUUACAUGGAGCAAAUGGACCGAGAACUGGCCCAAACCAGCGUGGGAAAGUCCUUCCACGGCAAGAAAAAGGCUGCUCCCCAGGCGGACGAGGACGAUUUCGAUGAUAUUGAGGACUUUGAGCCAAUCAACAUUAAUGUUAAUACGCUGCGCAACAUGAUGGACAGUUACCAAUCGCAGAUCGGCGGCGCAGGUCCCGUCUCCAACCUUUUUAGCGCCAUGGGCGUUGGCAUGUCGGCAGCUGGCGCGGAUCAGGACCCCAAGGACAUUUCCGAAUCGACCUUGUAAACGGAUUUACAGGAAUUAGUGUUUAGUCUUAAGUUCAUUCAAUAAACGUAAAUGUGAAUAUUUGAUUGUAAUUUAAAA